AUGCGUGGCACAGCCGAUGGUAUUCCCUGCAUUACUCCGCAUCGUCAGCUCACGUGUCGUGGCCUGUUGGUUAUCUCCAACCUCAAGAUCCCCCACGUACCUCAUGCAUCCACCUCAUCAGUGCUUUCAAUCAAAAUGGCAGAUCAAACCAGCAAUGGCACAAGCGCGUCAUCUCGCCAGGAUGAAAUCCGAAAACUCACCAACUCAGAUGACGACAUCAAGAAAGCAUGGGAGAUGUGGCAGGCCAUUUUCCCCGACUGGCCCAUUUCCCAACAACGAUUUCCAAAAGUCCUCUUCGGAAUUUCCGGACAUCAUUGGAUUCACGAGAGCGGACUAUGUCUAUCCUACAUAACCGACGAUACACGUGGUCGAAUCGCCGCCAUCGGGGUAUUGCCAGAACAUAGGCGUCAAGGGAUUGGAAGUGCUCUUUUAGAAAAAGCCAAGAUUGGUCUCAAAGAUGCGGCUCGUGCUAAUGGCGCGGUAUUGCAGUCCUUUGAGAUUGGAUCUGUGUUUCCUCGACUUUGGUAUCAGAUGCCGAACACAGUUCCCAAGGAAGUAAAGGAUUUCUUCUCGCAUAGAGGUAUCUAUGACACUUCUCGACCCAUCAGGGAUCUUUACAAGGACGUGACCGAAACGAUUGCACCCCCAGAAAUAAUGGAACGGGUAUCGAACACGAAAGCAACAUUCACUCCGUGGUCAGCAGCUUUAUACGAGGAAUGCAUGACGAAACAAAAAGCUCAAUUCAGUUGGUCAGGUAUCUACGAAGCCCUCGCCUCACGUAACCAACACGACCAAGUCCUCGUCGCUUUUGAUCCAGAAACAAACGAACAAAUCGGAUGGACUCUAAUGUGUUCUUACGACUCUGCAGUCGGUGACGUUUUUGCAUUUUUACCACUUCUUCCUUCUGGUGAAAAGACUGGUCUUAUCGCUGCUGUGGGCGUAGAUGAGAAAGUCAGAGGAAAAGGCGUUGGUCUAGCCCUGGUGAUCAAAGCAAUGGAAAUGUUGAAAGAGAGGGGAAUGGAGGGGAUCCUCAUCGAUGCGGUGGAGAUUCAAGGAUUCUAUGAAAAGAUUGGCUUUGAGACCUUUUGGGAAAUAUGA